CCCUGUGCGGUGGCAUUGUUGUUUUCCACUUUUGACGUAACCUUGUGCCUUGUGUGGUCAAUUUUUGGAAGAGAUCUUUGAGAACCUGUUCCGUAGCGGUUGGGUAUUAAAGCCUUACUCACGAAAGCGCUUUACACAUUGUUUUUACUCAAGCUAGGCCAUCCAUACUCAAGAUAAACAAAGAGAAAAGAAAGUGAGAAAAAGCUACUGAAAACAGAAGAUACCACGCAACAAAUCAAUUUAAACCGAGGAGGGCAGCAUAUAGCUUUCCUCCAAAAUGAAGAUGUACGCGCGCCUUAGUGUACAGGUGGUUUUAAGAUGUAACAGGCUAUGAGAUCGGAAUAUGUGAACAUUUGCGUAUUAUGUAGUGAAUUGUUUUUUUGUUGAUAUUUUUCUGUAGCGUAGACAGCUAAGAGUUCAUGCAGCCAACUUUUAUCAGUGCAUUCAUUGAUUUUGGUUAAACGUAAAUAAUAAUAAUUGUAUAGAGUUCCAGCAACGAGAAGUACACCACAACAACAGCCAGCCACAAGCAGCAAUUGGAAAUUUAUGAGACACACACAACAACAACAAUUGCAGCAUAAAGCAAAAACUUUCUUUUAUGCAUAUUGAAUAAUUGCAGUGUUUAUGCCAUACUGUGGAGUGCAGAGUGCGCGUGCAAACAUUUUCUAAGAAGUCAUUUACGCUUUGUGGCCGACUCGGAUGAUCUGCGUAGACAACCUCUAGCACUGGUUCGUUGGGGCUAUUACUUCACCAUAGCUACUACAUCCAAAAAUACCUUAGCGCAACAACAAAACCAACAGCAGCAAAUGACGCUUUUAACAACAACAAUAACGGCGGCAUCAAGCAAAUAAUAGUUGGACAACAAAAACAUUCAUUCAUGAUUUAGAGUAGAGGGCCAAAAACACGAAAACGAAAAAAAGUGAAACUCGGUUGGUUUUCAGUUGCGAGUUAAUGCUCGCACAAAGCGCACAAACUUUUAAACGAACGCUCGCUCGCUUGACUCCGUUUAAAACAGACCACAACAUCAAGCAACAAACAGGCUAAAUAAAGCUUUCUCAAUGUUCCUCAUAUAUUAUUAUUGGCAAACAAAUUGAUAUCUUUUUCGUAUUGUACCUAACAACCAACAAAAAAAAAACAAAAAGAUGACACCACAAGUCGGCAGCAAUUCAUCAGCAGCAGCUGCAGUGGCAGUGGAGCAGACAAAACCCACUGCCAAGAAACGUACCCACAGUAAACGCGAACAAUUACAUCAAAUUAUAUCUGGCGGUUUGGCUGCAGCCAUUACCAGAUCCACAUGCCAGCCAUUGGAUGUAUUGAAGAUACGCUUUCAGCUACAAGUGGAACCAAUUGGUAAAAGUGGCUUAAAAAAGUCCAAAUACAUUUCCAUUACCCAGGCGGUUAAGACCAUAUUUAAGGAGGAGGGUCUACUGGCCUUUUGGAAGGGUCACAAUCCGGCACAAGUGCUCAGUGUCAUGUAUGGCAUCUCUCAAUUUUGGACCUACGAACAGCUGAGUCUAUUCGCCAAGCAAACCACCUACCUCAAGGAUAAGCCAAAUCUAUCAAAUUUCAUUUGCGGUGCUGUAGCUGGAAGUGCAGCCGUUAUUGUCUCCACUCCCCUCGAUGUUAUACGCACACGUCUGAUAGCACAAGACACCAGCAAAGGAUAUCGAAAUGCGACACGUGCAGUCUCAUCGAUUAUACGCAACGAAGGACCUCGUGGCAUGUAUAGAGGGCUCUCAUCGGCCUUGCUACAGAUUACCCCAUUGAUGGGUUCAAAUUUUAUGUUUUAUCGAUUGUUUUCACAAUCGGCAUGCAAAGCUUUUCAUGUGGAAGAGAGAAGCAAACUACCCACCUGGACACUGCUUUUAAUGGGUGCCUCAUCUGGUAUGCUGUCCAAAACGAUUGUUUAUCCUUUUGACCUCAUAAAAAAACGUUUGCAAAUACAAGGAUUUGAAUCGAAUCGUCAGACUUUUGGUCAAAACAUACGCUGCACUGGUGUCUACAGUUGUCUGGUUGAGACCAUCAAGCAGGAAGGUGUUCGUGGGCUGUACAAAGGUGUUGCUCCUACUCUCUUGAAAUCCAGUUUAACGACAGCUCUAUAUUUUAGUAUUUACGAUAAGCUAAAGCAAAUACGCUGGACAUCCGAUGCAACAACAACAUAACGAUACAUUUAGAGAAUUAAUAUACAAGUUAUUGUUUGUAAUUGAUAGCAUGGUUAUAUUAGAUAUUUUCGAUUAGUUAAUUUGUUUUAGUGUAUAUUUAUGUUAUAUACAACUCUUUAUUUUUCUUUUAAGUUAAGUUUGCUUAAGUUAAACCUAAAUAUUCACUCCCACACACAGUGCACUUCCUUUCUUUAAAAAGAAACUCAAAGAAUCAAUGGUUGAUAUUUUUUUAAAUACAAUUUUUCCUUAAUA